UUGAGUAAUUUUGAGCUGCAAGAGAUCAAUUACACGAAACUUGUUAAAUCUUCAUUGAAAUUUGUGUCAGUAAUUAGUGGAAUGUCUCUGUUCUUGACUUCCAAGAAAUUGGAUCGGAUUAGACAGUAUGUGUUUUCUGAAAUCUUGGGUGUAAGAAAGGAAUCAGAUAUCGUGGAACAAGGUUUGAAAUGGUUAACUUACAGCAUUCUAUUUUACAAUAUUGAAGAUAAAGCUGACUUUUUACCAAUAAUGAAGUUUACCAUGGUUUUGAAUCAAAUAUCCAGCUGGUUUGACUCGUCUAUUGCUUAUGACCCAGAAUUCAUAGAUAUUAGAGUUCAAGUUGCCAGAUUCUUGGGAUUUGUUUUGCAGAAACAAAUUACUAUUCCCGAUAAUUAUUGGGAUUUGACAAAUCAAGUAUUAAAAGACAAUUUAGGUGUUAUUCAGGCUGACCCUGAACGAGCUGACUUGAAAUAUUAUACGUUUAAAUUAUACAAUUUGAUAAAUAAGAUUCUGAAAGAUUCGGUUGAAGAUGAUUACAAUGACCUUCUUGAAAUUUUCCUUGCUGAAGAUAGCAUUCAAAUAGAUAAUCAAGCAACUGUAUUGAACCAGCAAAUCUCACAACGAGCUCUUGAAGAAAGUGACAUUCCAACAAAAGUUCUUAUAAAUGAAAAGAUGAAAUUGGUUUCUACAUUUUCAUCUUCGAGACUGAUUCUGACUCAAAGGGUUACUGCUUCAUAUUUAAGGCAAGUACUUUUGAAAGAACAAGAAGAUUUUGUGGUAGAAUAUCAAUUACUGAAAUCCAAACUAGGUGAAGAUGAAGAAGGUGGUAUAGAAGCUAAAAUAUUGGAUGAAUUCAUAAGUAUUAUUAGAAAUAUGAAGUAUGUUGUUUUGGAAUUAGAUGAUUAUGAUUUUACGAAAUAUCUAUGGGCUUGGUAUUUGAUUUUCACGUAUUUUGAGGACUCGACAUUUAAAAUAAGGUCGGAUUAUAUCAAUCAAUUGUCCAAGCAUAAUGAACUUCAAGUUUUGUUUGAAUUCAUUGCCGAACAUAUGGACUUUAGUGAUAAAUUCUUCUCUAGUUUGGUAUUCAAGCAAGAUGAUGGUGUUAUUGAAAAUCGUAUUCCUAACUACGAUCUAAUAGAAACAGCACGCACAGAGGAUUUGAAGAAUGAAAUUAAAUAUCUCAUAGUUCAUAUUUACUAUAAAUGUUUAAAUUAUUGUGGCUCUCAGGUUCAAUAUUGGUUUAAGCAACUCCGUGAUAAGCAACUCAAAGGAAAGAUUGAGAAGUCAUCUGCCAAAUAUGUAUCUUCAAUUUUGAUUACGAAUAUCAUGGAACAAGUGUUACAAGAAAAGGACAAGAUUCAAGGAAAAGAAGAAAACUUGAGUAUUAAAGUUAAUCAAGUGACUAAUGAAAUCAGAACCACUUAUGUUAUUGAUGAGCAAAAGAUGGAAAUGGUGAUUAAAAUACCGCACAAUUAUCCGUUAGCUAAUGUCACAGUUGAAGGUCCGUUACGUUUGGGUGUUAAGGAGAAUCAAUGGAAGGCUUGGCUCUUGGCAUCUCAAAGAAUUAUUUCAUUAACCAAUGGGUCUAUUAUUGAUUCAAUCGAAUUGUUCUGUAAGAAUGUUAAUUUACAUUUCUCGGGAUUCGAAGAUUGUGCAAUUUGUUACUCGAUUCUUCAUCAAGAUUUGUCGCUUCCUUCAAAGACUUGUCCAACUUGUUCCAACAAGUUCCAUGCUGCUUGUCUCUACAAAUGGUUCAAGAGUUCGGGAAGUAGUACGUGUCCUCUUUGUCGUUCAGCUUUUAAUUUUAGAGUGGGGAGAUCUUAG